GCGCGAGGCAGUUUCCGACGGGACGUCGCUCGCGACGCCACGCGAUCACGAGCCUCACGACGUGCUCGAUCGACAAACGUGCGUUGGACAACCGACGGUUUAUGCACAACGAUCGCAGAUCAGCAUCGUGUGCUCGGGUGCUCCUCGAGUUAUCGCUGCUACCGUUGGACUGGUUGGUGCCGAUUUUUUUUUUCGUAUACCGAUCGGUUACUGAACCGUUCGUGUAAGGAGAAUUUCGGAGCUGUUGGUGGUGACAUUUUUUCAGGACUCUUGAAAACUGAUGAUUCUGGUCUUACUUUGAAAUCUGUGGAGUAUUACGAGCUAAGCGGUUGCUUGGAGGGUUCGGAAAAUCGGUUGCACGUGAGCCAUCGGGUCAAGAUGUGGUACCGGGUUGGAGAACUUUUGUUGAAAUCAGAAAUUUGACGGCUGUUCAAACAAUUGAAUUCAGAGCAUCGUCGAGUUAUAUCCUAACAGUGAUUAAAAAAAAACUAUCAGAGGUUCUGUAUCCAAGAAGGUGAAGUGUGUUCCGACAAAAAAUUCAAAAAGAAAUAUUGUGCCGGAGAAGAAGAGGUUUCUCAUCGCUAGACUACCGGUUCUUCCAUCAUCAAUAACCACGUGAAAAUCUCUUUGAGGCAUGUCGCUGUGGAGGAAGGGCGGAAAUAGAGGUCCAGGCCUCGGAAGAUGGGGUUAAGCAGAUAGGCGGGGAGAACGAGCAAGAAAGAGAGCGCGCGCAGGGAAAGAAAGGGAGCAGGAGAGCCAGAGGUCACACACCGGAUGCCGACGAGGACGACGACGCUGCCGGCGCCGACGACACCGCCGCGGCGCACAAUGCUCUGCCAGCGCAGCCUUGCCAUUCUCUUCAUCGUCAACGUGCCUAUCGUGACGUGCCUGGAGCCGGAAUUCACGAAACCGAUGUCGAACAUAACGGUGCCGAGGGGUCGCGACGCGACGUUCACCUGCGUGGUAAACAACCUCGGUGGAUACCGGGUGGCUUGGAUCAAGGCGGACACGAAAGCGAUCCUGGCGAUCCACGAGCACGUCAUCACGAACAACGCCCGGCUCUCCGUCACACACAACGACUUCAAUACGUGGACGCUGAGCAUCAAGGACACGCGGCCGGAGGAUCGAGGCACCUACAUGUGUCAGGUCAACACUGAUCCCAUGAAGAGCCAGAGCGCGCAUUUGGAAGUUGUCAUCCCGCCGGAUAUCAUUUCCGAAGAGACUUCAGGCGACAUAAUGGUGCCAGAAGGCGGCUCCGCGAAGCUCGUCUGCAAGGCGCGCGGAUAUCCAAAGCCGGCAAUCGUUUGGAAGCGAGAGGAUAACAGCGAGAUCAUCAUGAGGACGAGCUCCGGUAGUAAAAGCAAAGUGUCGCAGGCCGAAGGCGAGGUGCUGAGCUUCCCGAUAAUCGGCCGUAGCGAGAUGGGUUCCUACUUGUGUAUAGCCAGCAAUGGCGUUCCCCCCUCAGUGAGCAAGCGAAUGAUGCUGCAGGUUCAUUUUCGUCCGCUGAUCGAAGUGCCGAAUCAACUCGUGGGUGCGCCGAUGAGGACCAUGGUGACGCUGUCCUGCAAAGUCGAGGCCUCGCCGAAACCCAUUAAUUACUGGACCCGCGAGAACAACGAGAUGAUCAUCCCCAACGACAAGUACACCGUCACCGAGGAGAUAACGAACAUGUACAGUGCCUGGAUGCAGCUGGUCAUCAAGGACCUCCAGCCCCGUGACUUCGGAGGCUACAAGUGCGUCUCGAAAAAUUCACUCGGCGACGCCGAAAGCGGCAUCAGAUUGUACGAGAUCAAAAUCCAGGACAGAAAGAACGAGUACAAUGGCGGCUCCAGCGACAACGACUUCGACAACUCGGCGGACGAGCACAGCAACCGGCUAAACCACGUGUACCAGGGCUCGCUGCGCGAGAGCGACUCGACACUGCAGCCAAGAGGCAACUCCGCGGCUUCCUCCACCUGGACCAGGUGGAUGCACUACCUGCUGGUGGCAAUGGCGCUGCAACAUCUGGCGCGGUAGGCGCUCGACAAGAAUCUGUAAAAAGUCACGUACUCUAUCUCUCACGUUCGCACAGAGUCUCUCGCGCGAGCCAGCUCGUAAUAUGCCUUGGAGACUGGCCGCGAGCCAGCUUGGGUUCUGCUAUGGUGCCUGGAGCGUACGUCGUUUGCUUUACCACUAUGUUGUUCCAGUAUUAGUUUGGAGUUCGAUUCGUUUCUUCUUUUUUUUUUGGUUGCCGUGAUUUGGUUGCACGAGAAGUGGUUUCUUUGGUCUCGUUGAACGAGGGAUUAUUUUAAACUGUAGACAGUAGGUUUGUUUAUUUUGGUGGAGAAGAGUGUAUUUAAUUUUCGUCGACUGUUAUCGUCGGUUCUUGUUUGAUACGGUAGAACCUUGAGCAGUUACUAGUUUGUGCAAAUAAACGCCACUGUAAAUAAACUUUUCCAAGAAAGACUCGAGCUGAAGGAGUGGAUAAUAAAGACGAUAUAUAACUAUUACAGAAUAUUUUUCAUUUUUACUUAUUAUUUUCAGAAGUAUAUAUUAUAUAUAUGAUAAACAAUAAACGCUAACUGUAAAACUAAAAAUCAUUAAUGCAAAAGGUCGCGGGGGAAUAAUAUGAUAAACAAAUAAUCGCAGGAUCGCCCAUAUCACCGCUGAAAAUGCCAUACCAUUCUCGUAAUUGUAAAAAGUGAACUGUAUCUCCACGAGCAUUGCUUUUAGUGAGUAUAAAUAUUGUCAUACGACUUUCGAUCGCCGCAAUUGUUAUAACAAAACAAAUCAUAAUCGUGCCAAAGGGUCGUGAAAUUUUUGCGAAUUAGCAAAGAAAAAUGCGUGUCGAUAAGAAACAUUCGAAAUGGGUACUAAUAAUUUUUCCGUUAAGUAUUCAAGUUAUUUUAAAAACUCACAAUGAAUGUGCGUAGUAUUAAUUAAUUGGAAUCGGCAUCAAUAAAAGGAUUUCACCUUCUUACUUUCGGAAUGAUUAAUCAUAAUUUAUUGUCAUUCAUCGAUUCCUUAAUAAUUAACGACCUUCUUGCGCAUUAAGCGAGAGUCCCAGUUUGAAUAAUGAGACGUUAAUAUGUACAUAAAAGAUGACAAUUUAUGAAUAAAACGAAAAUUCGAAUUGAUAUCAAAGUAAACCUUUGAAAGCCUUUUUCACCGAAGGUCUGAUUGAACUCUGCUUGUUCUACUGGAAACGCGCUAAUAUAAUUCAACUUAUUAAAAAGUGUAACUUGUUUUAUUGCGAUGCACUUCAGCUGCAUUUUUAUGAAAUACCUCUUCAAGGGUGAUAUUGUUUGCUCGUUACAAUGUAAAUUUUUCAAUUUUUCGAAAGGAGCACAAGUUACUGAGCAAAUUACAUUCCAGAAAAAUAAAAGCUUGACAUUUUAUGUGCAGUAAACGAGGAUCUCGCGCGUGUAUCUCUUAUGCGACUUUUUAAUAUUUUAUAUAAGUUUCAUUAUCUGAAACUAAUAAUAACCAGAAUGCAAGACGUGACAAUACUGAUACGCGAAUCCGCCUCGUCUACUGUAAAUAAAACACAAGCUAUAAAAGAUCUCACUGCUCUCGACAGCCCUGAAACUCUCGCGGAAGUAAAAAACAAAAAGAGAACAAAGCGAAUCUUUUCGAACGAAAUGACAAAGCCGCCGCCGACGUCGAAUCAUUUCAGCACUGCUUAUCUCCCAGCCGACAUCGGGCGUUUUGAAAACCCAUUGAGCAAGAUCCUCUCACCACGUCGCGGCUUUCAUUUCGCGCCGCAUCACUGCAGAGCGGGCUUUUAUCGCAAUCACGAUGCACUCGCUUCAUUAUCACGGCUGCGGCGCGUCGCUGGCAGAGAGCGAGCUUCCCCGGUUUGGCGACCCUCCCCUUCUACCUCCCUUUUCUCUCCUUUUCACUUUUCUCCGCUUUCUUCUUGCGCCGAGCCACCGGCGCACUUCAUAUCGCGGAUUAGCGAGCACCUGUUGCUACCGCGCCGCUACCGUCGCCACACCGCCUCACGCUCUCUCUCUCUCUCUCUCUCUCUCUCUCUCUCUCUCUCUCUCGCUGCGAAAUCUAAUUGCUUCCUCGGCACGCGCACCGACUCCGACUCGGGGAUAUUAUACAUCGGCUAUGGAAAAGAAAUUUCAUGGCUGGUGUAUGUGUGCGUAGGGGGUUUACACUGGGGAGAGAAAGUCGAAACGUUCACGGUCCGAAGUGUGUUUGGUGAAAAUUGUUGUAAACGUGUUGUCAAUUAACUAUCUUUAACGUUAACGAUUAACUUUAUAUUGCGCAUUUUGAAAUCGAAUGAAAAAAUUUUAUAAAAUUGAAUCGAGAUAAAUUAUUACCUUUCAAAUUGAUUGUACGCACGCUGUUCGUUUAUUUCGUUUAGCACUUGUGUAACGAUCGAAGUUAAAUAUACUGCGGCGCGUGUAAUUGAAAACCAUAGAAAUUUUUAUAAAAACAUUAAUUGAACAUUUUUAUAGCGUAACGAGAGAACCGAUCGUAGAGAAAAUGUGACAAACACUGAUUUACGAGAAAUUGCGUAUUGAUUAUAAGGCUAUAUUUAACGUGCACAUUUUAUUGUUAAAAAUUAGGUCAAGUUAUCGAAAAGAUCGUAGAAUAAUUACACUCUUGCUUAUAAAAGCAAGAGUGUAAUUAUUUUGCUUGUUUGUCCUUUUCAUUCUUUCGAGUAUAAAAACAGCUCGUUUAAACCUUGUUUCCGAAAAUAACUUUUGCGUGUUUGACGUUCUACGAAUUUUCGACAAGCCGAUGAACGCGAGCAUACGUAUUCGUGUGUAGAUGGUGUAAAGUACGACGUAACUUUAGGAAUGUAUCUCGAGUCGCGUCAAAUUGUUGAACUUAGGUGUUUACUUGAGAUUUAUAUACGGCGAUGGGGAAAGUUAAAAAAUAGAAAAAAGAAGCAUAACCGAGAGACGGCAUUGGAAUCAAACUAUAGUGAGUCUAUGUCAUUGUAGGAACCGCUAGAUUAAUUUUCUAGUUAGGAUUUUUUAAAUGAAGUAAAAAAGAUGGAAAAAUACCGAAACUUGAGCAAAAAAAAAGAAUAAAUAAAUAAAUAAAGGCAAAAUAAGAAAGUACUAUAAUGGUAGUUUCUUCGGCGAGUGACGACGUUAUUUUCGAAAUUUUAAAUUCGAUUAGGCACGAUGAGAGAGUCACACGCACAGAUCCAAUUUUCACGCGAGAAAUUUUCGAAUCGACCCGAGCUCCGCUGCGGAAUAUUAUUAUAUAUCCGCGUUUUCGCGCUCUGCGGAGACACGAUCGAAGAGAAAAUCGCCUACGCCCCCCACCCCCCCCCCCUAGAAAAUUACACAUUUAUAUAUAAUUGCGAGUUGAUUAUGACUGUUGAUAUAUUGUUGAUGAUUGUAUGUUAAAAAGGAACAAGAGAAUAUAUACGGCUUAAGCGGAUUCAGCGAACCUCGUGUGUGUACAUAUAUAAAAAAAUGAAAAUGAGCGAAUCGCCCGUAUGUAAAACGUAAGAGAGAAAUCCCGCAAAUCCAACGAAGGAUAGACGGAAACGAGACGAGAGAACAAGAGAAAAUGGCUCCUCGCAUUGCACUGUACAAUAAUUAUGCGCGCAACGUACACAGGCUCUCACGGUCGAUUUAACGAAAAAAUAACGCCGCAGAGAUUGCGGCGCAUAAGCCGCGCGAAACAAAAAAUGGACAGAUAAAAAGGAAAAAGCACGAUUAAAGCUGUAUAAGUAAUGUAAGGUCAAAAUAUGAGAUGCAUAUGGAGAUAUAAAUUACGACGCAAAAUGUAAUGUUAACUUGUGUAAGCGUAUAAACGGGCGAAAGUUACACACAGCUGCAAACAUACCCGUACGUAUACCUUCCCAACAAUGUUGAAAGAGAACACACGGGCAAAAAAUAAAAAAACACAUGUGAAAUACACGGUGUAGCGAACGUCGUUUACUACUUGUAUGAUGCUGCGAAAAAAAAUGUGAAACACGCGGAUACACUCCGGAUGACGGAUUCGAGACGGUGCUCGUUAUCCAACCUAUAAAACUGCGCCGAGAACAACAUGCUAAUGUUUGGACGAAAAUAUACAUACUAUUAUAUAUAGCUAAAUAAAAAGAUAUUAAUGUAAAA